UUUCGCGCCGCCGUAGUGACGCAGCAGGCUCUUCCAACAUGGCGGCGUCCGUCUGUCACCCUGCGCUGUCCUCCAUAUGCAGAAUAAAGUGUCAUAUUAACGGAAUAUAUCAUGUCACUUCGUUCAGCAGAACGAUCUCAUCCUCCUUCGUCCCCACAUCAAGCGCUGUGUCGGCAGAACGAGAAACUGCAGGCAGAGGUGCUCGUGUCCAAAAGAGGUCAAAGAGACCGGCUGGUGAACCCAGGACAGAGCGUAUGAGCGUCAGUCAGGACUGGACUGCAGUUUACCCGAUAGCAGCAUCAUUCAAACCCUCAGCAGUUCCUCUGCCUGUUCGUAUGGGUUACCCGGUGAAGAGAGGCGUGCCGCCCGAAAAAAAGGGCAACCUGGAACUCAUAAAGAUUCCAAACUUUUUACACUUAACCCCAGUAGCCAUUAAACAACACUGCCAAGCCCUGAAGCAGUUCUGUACGGAGUGGCCUUCUGCCCUGGACUCUGAUGAUAAAUGCAUGAAGUAUGUCCCAAUACAGAUACAGAGUAAAGAAUUUGUGUCAGCUGGACCGUCGCUGCGAAACCCAGACGCCAGAAUAGUUACACUCAAGGUGAAGCUCUCUAGUUUAAAUUUGGAUGAUCACGCCAGGAAGAAGAUGAUCAAACUGUGCGGCGAGCGUUACGCCAAAGACACAGACACCCUCACAAUCACCACAGACAGCUGCCCGCUGAGACAGCAGAAUUACGAUUAUGCCAUGUACCUGCUCACUGUUCUUUAUCACGAGUCCUGGAAAACAGAAGCGUGGGAAGCGGAGAAGACUCGUGCGGACACGGAGGAGUACGAGUGGGAGGACAGUCCGUCCCAGAAGAACGUUCUGGAGACUCUGGCGCGCAUGCGGUCGCUUGGAGCGAGAGAUGAGGUGGAGGGAGGGGUCAGAGAGGAAGUGCUGGGUCUGCCGGAGGUUCAGGAGUACAGAGACGCGUUGGUCAACAUGAAGAAUGAGGGAGAGACCGAAGACAACGUCCAGAAAUACAAAGAAGCUGUCAAGAAGCUUCUGAACAUCUGAGGAGCUUCACCGUAUUGAAGAUAAAUGGACAGAAGUCUUAUUUUGUGUUUCUCAGAUGAUGAACUUAUAAUGUUGGUUUCAUCAAAUGAUGUAAAAUUGUGUGCUUUUGGGAAUCUCUUCAAGUAAACAAACACAGCUUUGUGCUUUCUUGCUUAUCUUAUGCUUGUCACUUUCAUAAAUUGAAAUCAUUAAAUUGGUAAUUUACUCACA